AUGUAUUAUAUAGGCGAUAAACAAGACAAUCAUUGCCUGGAUUAUUUUGUUUCAUUUGAGUAUCAAUGGAUGGAACAAUUUAUUUCAUAUUGUUUCCGAUCUUCUGUACAGAGUUCUCGUAUACUUUAUGCAAAUUUCAAUAAUACAGCUGAUCAUCAUUUUACUUUCAAAAUGUUAUACGAACGGAAUAUAACUAGCCAGGAAUUACUUCAAUGGUCAUCGACUAUUGAUCUUGCAGAGCGUUAUCAAAUUUAUAUAGAAGAUGCGAAAAACGUUCUUUCUUUCGAAGACGAACAAUUUUUGUUUUAUAACUGUUCAUGGCCUUGGUUUGGACCUUUUUGUCAGUUUGCAUUUGAUGAUCCUCAUGGAUCCUUCAAUGUUCUUAUUUCAAGUUUUUUCCUAAACAAAAUACUGGCUUAUGAUAACUCAAUGAUCACAUGCUAUGCACAUUUACAAUGUGAAACAUUAUUAACAUGCCUCGAUUGGCGUGAUAUAUGUGAUGGAAAAAUGGACUGUUUAGAUGGAACGGAUGAGUUUGACUGCUGGCCACUCGAAAUGAAUCAAUGUAAUGCUAAAGAAUAUCGUUGUCACAAUGGUCAGUGUAUACCAGAAGAUUUUUUGUUGGAUGAUGAUGUUUAUUCGGAUUGUCUAGAUCGAAGUGAUGAACCAAUAAAUCGCGAGUUUUCAUGGUCAUGUUUUCAAAAUCCUUCUUUUCCUUGCGAAGAGCGUACAUGUCGUCCGGGUAUUGAAGAAUUUUCCUGUGGAGAUGGUCAAUGUAUUUCAGAAAUGGGUAGAACUUGUUUUAAUGGAAAGGGUCAUCUUUUAUCGAACGACUCAUGUUUGGAUGCAAUGAGUUGUCUGAUGAAAAGUGUUGAUAGUUUCGAUAAUGAAGAGUGUAAUCAAAUUUGUUCAAACACGAAUUGUAUUUCUGAUUACUGUCCAAUUUUAUUCGAAUUUCCUGCUGAACCUGUUCUAUUUGGUCAUGUGCGUUUAAUCUUUGAAACUGAAAAAAUAAUCAAUAACAUCUUCUUACCAUCGUAUGUAUGCUAUAAUGAAGAAUUAUGUCAACAUUUUUUACCGAUCACCAUUUAUUUGAAUGGCUCUGCUUGUCGUCACAUUGAUCAGUUUAAUCGAGUAAAUAAUAUAAGAGAUUUCAAAUCAUUUAUUACGUAUCUCAAAUCUAUUUUUCGUCCGUGUGCUGUUGUUCCAAUCGAAACUUAUGAUUGUAAUCAUAAAAACGCAUACAAAUGUAUGAAUUCUACAAAAUGCAUUUCGAAAUAUCGUCUUGUAGAUGGUAUUCAAGAUUGUCCAUAUCACGAUGAUGAAAAAUACAAUGAAAGCUGUGAACUAGAUGAUAAACAUCAUCGUUUUCAAUGUUUUAAUGAUGAAAAACGAUGCUUGGCACGUUCGGCCGUCGGAAAUGGCUACUCUGAUUGUCCAGAACGUGAUGACGAGGAACCAGAUAAUAUGUUCACUAAACAACAUAUCUAUUUUCAGACAAUUUGUAAUGGAAACCAAGAGCUCAUUCCUGUCAUGGUCGACGGACAAAAUGAAACUGAUGAAACCGAAUGUCAAUUUUGGCCAUGUAAUAGCACAUAUAAUCGGUGUAAUCAAUUUUGGUCAUGUUAUAAUGGAGUAGAUGAAAUUAAUUGUAAAGAUUCGAUUUGUCCAUCUUUUCAACAUACGUGUGUUUUUUCAAAUGAUCAUACUAAAUUACAAUGUUUAUCCCUUAACCGAACUGGUGAUGGUAUUAUUGAUUGUCUUGGAGCGUCAGAUGAACGUCAAUAUUGUCGAAUGCUUCAUCCAAAUGAACAAUAUAAACGUUUUUAUUGUUCGAAUGAUACGAAAUGUAUUGCUACAUAUAAGCUUUGUGACGGAAUUCGAGAUUGUAAGUUUGGUGAUGAUGAACAAUUCUGCACGAAUAAUACAAUAUCGUUAGAAGUACCCUUGUGUAACCGCCCUACAAUGGGAAUGGAAGAAAGAUUGUGCAGUAUAAUUGAUGUAGUAAUAAGAAAAAAAGUUUAUUUCACAACCCAGAACAUACCGAUUUAUCCACAAAGUUUGACUAAUAAUAUCACUAAGCAAUAUUCUAUUGACAUUCAAAAUCCCAUGCUUAAAAGUAAAUUAAAUAUUGGUAACGAAAAUGAUGAGAAACAGCGAUGUAAUCGUGGAUUAGAUAUUCGCGUACGAAUGAACGAUAAUGGAAACGAAUCCUAUGAAUGUCUUUGCCCACCUAGUUACUAUGGAGAUACAUGUCAAUACCAAAAUGAACGAGUUAGUGUCUCUUUUGAACUGCGUGUUGCAUCGGAUCGACGUACACUUUUUGUUGUCUUAAUUCUACUAAUUGAUCAUGAAGGAAAAGUUCAUUCACAUGAUCAAAUCGAAUAUUUACCUGUUGAACAUUGUCAUACAAAAUUUCAUGUUUAUUUACUUUAUUCUACACGACCAAGAGAUAAUACAAAGAAUUAUUCUGUACGCAUUGAUAUAUUCAAUAAACUGACAUUAAAUUAUCGAGCAAGUUGGAUUUUUCCAGUUUUGUUUCCAUUUUUACCCGUAUAUCCUCUGGCAAUUCAACUUACUAUUCCUCUUCUAUCUGUUCAAUCAACACAACAUUGUCCAUUGUCAUGCAUUCAUGGUCAAUGUUUAAAAUAUACAAAUGCAGAAAAUGCAUACUUCUGUCGAUGUAAUCAUGGGUGGUCAGGUAAUCAAUGUUCGAUUGCUUAUCAAUGUAAUUGCUCAUCAGAUUCACUCUGUAUCGAUCAAUCCAUAUGUCUAUGUCCUGUCACUAAAUUCGGUUCAUUAUGCUAUCUCACUCGUAUUGCAUGUGAAAGAAGUUUAUGUUUCAAUAAUGGUCUAUGUGUACCGAACGAUGCACGUCAUGAAAUAUCGGAUGGACUUAAGUCUAGUUAUAGCUGUAUUUGUACUGAAAAUUUUGAGGGCGAUCGAUGUGAGUUUCGUAAAACUCGUCUUGAUAUAUCGUUCGGAAAAAAGAUUGCUAUUCCAGAAUCAUUGUUUAUUCAUUUUAUUGAAACAUUUAAGAAUUCAAAGCACAGUCAAACAACAAUAAUGAAAAGAGUUUCACCGUAUCAAACUGAACUUACAGUUUACACAACAACUGAAUUCGAAGUCGCUUUGGCACAAAUUCGAAACAGCUAUUAUUUGAUUGUUCUUCGAGAAUUAUCUUCUACCCCAGAGGAUAUUUCGACACAAAUUACUAUUUCACAAAAAUGUGUCUCCAUUCGACAAUUAUUCAAUACAACAAUUGCCAAUCAACAUUUGUUACGGCGUAUAAAACGUUAUCACAUUCCAUGUCAACAGCAAAAUGAACUAGUCUGUUUCCAUGACGAUGUUUAUUUUUGUCUGUGUGAUUAUUCGCGAUACGCUAACUGUUUUGAAUUCAAUUUUAACAUUACAUAUGACUGUCAUGGAUUAAAUCCAUGUGAAAACGGAGGUCACUGUUCCCAAGAUAAGCGAACAUGUCCAACAUCGGUCAUUUGUGCUUGUGACACGUGUUUCUAUGGAACACGAUGUCAAUUUUCAACACAAGGUUUCCAUCCAUCAUUAGAUGGAAUUCUCGGCUAUCAGAUACGUCCAAAUCUUGCUUUAAGUCAACAAUCGAUCGCUGUAAAAGUAUCCAUAGUUCUUACUAUAACUAUAUUCAUACUGGGUAUAAUCAAUGGAUUCUUGUUAAUGAUGACGUUUCGUAGAAAACAAACACGUAAUAUCGGCUGUGAUUUAUAUCUAUUUAUAUCAUCGAUAAUUUCUCUGAUUAUGAUGCAUAUAUUUCUAUUAAAAACUUGCUUUCUUAUUUUAAUACAAAUGAACUUGAUUACAAAUCGUUUAUUUAUACUUUUACAAUGUCGAUCUGUUGACUUUAUAAUUCGUAGUUUCAUAAGUAUAAGUGAUUGGUUACAUGCUUGUAUUGCCAUCGAACGAAUAAUGGUCUUAAAAGAAGUUAGUUUUAACAAGAAAAGAAGCAAAGAAGCAGCAAAAUGGAUAAUUGGUAUUACCAUUCUUGUUGUUACUUGCACAAAUACUCAUGAACCACUAUAUCGUCAUCUCAUAGACGACGACGACGAACAGCGAACAUGGUGUGCGAUUAGAUUAUCAUCAUUAGGUCAAGUGUUUGAUUCGACUAUCAAUCUCCUUCAUUUUCUUCUUCCAUUUUCUAUUAACGUGAUCUCUGCUUUGGUUAUUAUUGUCAUUACUGCUCGCACACGAUCAAAUGUCCAAAGGAAACAAACAUAUAAGGAACACUUGUAUCAACAACUAGAAAAGCACAAACAUCUUCUCGUUUCACCAUGUAUUCUCAUAGUUUUAGCAUCGCCUCGUCUUAUCAUCUCACUUACAUCCGAAUGUAUGAAAUCGGUUCGAGAUCCAUGGUUAUUUUUGAGUGGCUAUUUUGUUUCAUUUUUUCCUUCAAUAGUAACGUUUCCUGUAUUUGUUUUACCUUCACAAGUAUACAAAGGAUACUUUUCUCAAUCAAUCCAAUCAUUACAUUGUCGCUAA